CUGUCUUCCUGAGACUUUCAUUUACGUGAAGUGACGCUACUUUCGGUUUUCUUUCUGAGUCAAUGACGCGGUCUAGGGAAAACAAUUCACGACGAGGAAUGAUCUCCUUCAGACGCUUGGUCAACUGCGUUGUAAAUAUUCUCUCCUACUUUGCUCGUCCUUUGUUGGAUUGGGUACCACUUACACUUAAUUCAGUUAUGUAUUGUGGUAGUACUAGUCCUAAAGGCAACGACUAUGACAGCGAGUCUGAUGACUUCAUUUGCGAAUAUGACUCUACGUGGGAAGACGAUGAGGACAACACAAAUGCAACCUCGAAGACUCAUAGGCCGAGCCUCUACUCAUGGGGUGGAAGAAACAUACGUGCUGCAAAGGAUAUGCAGACGUACAGACAUGACUAUCCAGAUCAGGGGGAUCCUCUACCUUGUCAGGAUUUUCAACCCAAUUUGAAGUUCUACAAAAAUGAAGAAAAAUCUCAACCUGAUGACCUCUCCAUAUUAGACUUCCACAAUAAAUGGAAGGGUGAUUAUUCAAGCCUGGAAAGAGUGCACACAUUCAUCCAGUGGCUCUUCCCAAUACGAGAGGAUGGUAUGAACUUUCAAGCAUAUAAACUCACAAAAGAUGAGAUAAAGGCAUUCAAAGAAGAUGAGACAGCGAAAGAUAGAUUGAGAAUCUCGUAUGAGCUGAUGCUGGAUUUUUAUGGCAUAAAACUGGUGAACGAUAAGACAGGGGAUGUACAAAGGGCAGACAACUGGGAGGAGCGUUUUCAGAACCUCAACAGGUAUACACACAACAGCCUUCGCAUCACUCGAAUCCUUAAGUGUUUGGGCACCUUGGGAUUCGAACACUAUCAAGCACCUCUGGUCCGUUUCUUCCUGAAGGAGACCCUUGAGAACGGGGAGCUCCCAAAUGUGAAGGAGAGCGUCCUGGACUACUUUCUGUUUUCCAUCCUUGACAAAGCAAAGCGCAAAGAACUGAUCAAGGAAGCUUUCAUAAUGUUCCAACAUAGUCGGGGAAGUGGAAAGAGAACAAAUACAUUUACAUGGUGCCCCAAGUGGGUCCAGAAAAAGUUCCAGGAAGAGCUCAAUAGGGUAGAAACAGGGAUUGACUCUGUGGAUGAAACUAAGUCCGCCGUCAGUUCACAGUUAGAAGAGGAGAAAGAUUUAGGCAGACCCGAUGAUGCCAAUUUGGGUAGUCAAUCUUCAGAGGGCAAGCUUUCAGAUAAGGAUGAUGAAACCAAUCAAAAAGAUGGUGAAAAACAUCAAAAUACUGAAGAGGCAGGUGAUGGUAUGGAGGCAAAGAACAGCAUUAGUGACAAACAAGAGAACAAAGGCAGACCAGAUGGCUCCAGCUUGGGUAGUGAAUCUUUACCCAGCAAGCACCCUGAUAAGAAUGAUGAAACAUCAGCCAAUAAAGUAGAUGGUGAAAAACAUGAAACGACUGAAGUGGAAGGUGACGCACAGAUUAACAUUAGUGACAAACAAACAGGACAAAGUGCCAACAUGCCAACGGCUAAGAAUGACAGCUCAGCCAGUGGAUCCAAUCAGCCAUUACCAUUAAAUACAGUGAAAUUAGUUGAAGAUACCAAUCAGUGUUGCACAAAUCAAGAUGAAUCACGUGUUCAAAUAGAAGAUGAAACCUCAACAGUUCUUCCUCAGAACAAUCCUGACGGCAGUACAGAACAGGGAAACCAGGGAGUUAGGACAACAGGAAGCUCUACAGAACCUUCUAAAAUAACAACAGCAGAGUCAGGUAAUGACAACUUGUCCUCAGAUUGCCAAAGAGGUAGUAACCAGUCCAGCUCCUCCAUAGAUGACUCUGGUCAGGUUAAUGAGAACAUAGUGCAAACAGAUCUUAAUCAGAAAAAUAACAAAGAUACUGAGGAGGAGCCUGUUGAUUUGUCAGCUGAGAUGUCUGAGUUACGGGUUGAUGAAUCAGUAGCCACGCGAAGUAGCACCAAAUAAGUGUGCAAAUAUAGGUGUUAAGUCAAUGUAAUGUGCCAAAAAGCAAAAAGGAGCUGAGAAUUCAAGCACUGAGCUGAAUAAAUUAUCUCACUGAAAUUCAGCAACUCCACCUGAAUCAGUAAAGGAGAUGGCUGUUCUUCCUGCCAUAGUCGUGAGAGUGUUCAAAGUUACAGUAUGUUUAGCCAUUGAUAUAUUUGCCAAUGAGGAUUGAGUAUAGGCAACAUACUGCAAAUAUUUUAUGUUCAGAGAAUGUUUUACCUUUCUAUGCACUAUUUUUGUUUUGAGUAGCUUGUAAGUUUUGACUUGAGUGCAGUGAAAGCAUGCACAUUAUUAACCAAUAAAGGUGGUGUUUUAUUGAACUUCUGAGAGUCGAAUAAAAAGCAACAAUUGACUUUAAAUGCAACAUUAAAAGACAUGCAAAAUACUCAAGAUAGCAUGUAGAAUAUCAGCAAUAUAUAUUGUUCCCUUCAGCGUACAUCACUACUAUGAACCAUGUAAAACAAAAAUGCAUUCUUAACGUAAUAUUAGCACCAUACGUUUAAUGGGGAAAGCACAAUAUACGCAUUCAUGUUGUUUAUCUUGGUCUGGUCCACAAGCAUUUAGAGAAAGUACUUAUAGUUUAUUGCAGAUUUAUUGGAGAUAAGAGUUACUGUAUCAUAAACAGAUUAUCUCAAGAUGUCCUGCCUUUUAAAAUUCCAUGAUACACCUAUUUGUUUUACCAUUAGGCAUCAUGGUUAAUUGAAUGAUUGUUUCAUUAAUGUUGUUUUAACACAGAAAUGUGUGUCACAUAUUCCCCUUUUUCAGUUCUGGCUUCUCUUCAGUGUUCAUAAAAUGUUUUUCAUUGUU